UAUUUUCCCAGGGGGUUGAUGUGUAUAAAAAUGUAAACAUCAGUGGUAUGACAUCACAUGUGAAAUAUGUAAAAAAAUUUCCCAGGGGUUGGUGUGUGUAAAAUGUAAACAUCAGUUAUAUGACGUCACAUGUCAAAAUUGCAACUAAUUUUCCCAGGAGGUGAUGUGUGUAAAAACUGUGAACAACUAUUGUAGGUUGUAAAGAAUUUUUUUUUUUUCCGGUGAUAAAAUGUUGAAUUUUCCCCAGGGUGCGUGUUGGGAGGGGUGGCAAGCGUGAGCAAAAUUUUCCCCUCUUGAGAAGUGUUAAUGAAAAAAAUGAUGUAAAAGUUUAAAGAGGUGUGAAAAAAUAAGAGUAAGGAUGAAAAAUAAUAAAAAAAAAGAUGCGAGGACUUACCGUCGGUGGGGUGGGGUGGGUUGGGGUGGGGUGGGGUGGUUGGGUCGGGGUAUGGUGUGUGUGUGUGUGUGUGUGUGUGUGAAUGCUUUUUGAUAACUACCCGAGGUUUGCCCGGUAUGAUGCGUGGGAAUAAUUUUCAAAAGAUUCCCAGGAUGUGUUUUGGAAAAAAAGAUGUGUUUUGGAAAAAAAGAUUCCCAUGAUGUAAUGGUAUGACGUAGUUGUUGUUGUUGUGUUUUUGAGUGACAGCAGCAAGUGGGGGGCCCCCGUUCUGCUAAGCGUGACUAAUAAUUGAACAGGUGUCGUGUUGUUUUUCUCCUCACAAUACUAUAAAAACUGGCCGUAAAAGAGACAGAUUGGUGCGGAGAGUGACUUUUCUGCAAAACCAUCGUCAUGGAUUCUCCAGACAGAUCGUCUAAGGCUCAAGCCGGAUCUCCGAUCUUGAAUUCCUUGAGCAAAUGGCGCUAUCGCACAUUCAUUCGGGACAACUUACAAAAGCGUGGAAUACCUUAUUUCGUGUGGCCAAACAGCCUAAAACGACUGAAACUGAAGGAGCAACCCCUGAGGACCAGUCAAAUUUUGAGCGCGAGGAAGGCCUUCGUUCGCAAUGACAUACCUAAACACUGCUGGCCCCGUUCGAUUCGGGAAGAAAACGAUGUUACACCUUCGCAGAAGAAAAAGCAGGAAAUCGACAGAUUCAGAGCGGACGACAGUCUGUUUAAACCGAGCAUAAAGAGGAGAUGUCUUUCGAUGACGUAUUUGACAAUUUUGCCGAAAGAAACCCGGCUGAACAAUCGCUACAUCGUUUUCCGUCAGAGCAGACUGUUUCACAGUGACAAGUCGACUGAAGUCUCUAUUUCUGAAAAGGAGUUGUACCUGUUAAACCAGACCGUCCCGAAAACGAAUGAAGUGGGGGAAUUGCAUGCUAUGAUCUUACAGGCCAGAAACAGGUCAUGCAUGGUUCGCGACACAAAACACAAGACCGAACUGUCCAGGUCUGCCACAAUCACACUGAAGGUCAGAUCCGCGCAUUAUUUGCGUCAAAUCACCCUGACCAUCACAGGGCUCAAGACCCCUGAGUUUACCUACAGAGUUCGACUGGAAGUGUGCACGUCACCUGUGAUAAGGCACGAAAACGUGUGCUCCAGCGAUGACGACCAGUGGAUUUUUUAUUUUGCCCCUACUGAAAAAGAAGAGCACGUCCAGCUGAUUGAAAUAACUUUGCGGGAGAGCGAACUACUGGAUAUUUAUCACGCGGUCAAACAUGUUCUGACAGCCAGCGUAAUAUGUGGUUGCGACAGCUGUCAUAUUCCACGCCCGACGAGUCUGAUGUCUAAAUACCAAGAUGACAAAACGGCGAUGCGCAUGUGCGAGGACAUGCCCAGCGGGGGAGAUUGGGGGUGUUCCCCCACUCACCAGCCAGAGCGCGAUGAAGAAGAGAGUUCUGAUCUAGACCUCGUGGAACGUAAAAAAAGCGGUGAAAAUGACAUUUCAGAUUCGACCAGCGCCAGCGAGGUAGAAGAAGAGGAAGAGGAAGUCUCCGGCGUGACCGAUCUGGACAGCGAUGAAUUUAUCGUGGUGGACGAGGACGGCUUACAAAGCCGACCUUCUUCGCCGGCUGACAUCGAGCAGCGUGAGAGAGAGAACGCGAGCGCUUUCUCAGGAACGGGGUCAAAAGGUCAAUGCGAGGAACCUCUUGACGCCGGCGCCAGCUCGGAAAGUCAGAGCGAGAAGCCUUCGGACCUCAGUCUGAAGGACCGAGCCACGAAAAUUGUGGAAUUUAUCUGGGCAAGAGCGAUCAUCCUGGCUGUUCGUCAAUGGGUUACGAGAGAUUGCGCUGGGUGUCAAAUUGAACACCCAUCACAGAAACAGCACAGCUGCGUGGAAGGCGUCCCCGUAAGAUUUCUGGACAACGAGUUAAAGCAGAAGUGGCUGAAUCUCAUUCCCGCUUGUGAAUUGGAAAUAAAAGAGUCUCUAAAGCAACACUUUGAAUUAAAAGAACCUCAUGAUGGUUUUGUAAUAAACAUUUUGCGUAGAAUUUACACGCUGACGCAGGAAAAACUGAGUGAAUAUAACCCGCUGUCCGAGUACCUGAGCAGAGAUCCGUCCGAAAUUCUGAGCCGGUUUUACAUGCGGCCGGAUGAACCUCUGAACAGCGCUGCGGAAUCAACGGCCGCCGACGUGUGUAAAAUUCUGAUGGGGUCUGAGGAUGACAGAUCGGUGUAGUGAUUCGCGAGAGAGAGAGAGAUUGUGUAUUUGUACAUAAGACAUUUAUGACACCGAUGUUUUUUUGCUGCUAGUAAGUUUAUACAUUGUAUAUAUUUUUUUAUUAGACAAACCAUAAACAUUAUUAUUAUUAGAAAAAACUUUAUUGUUUUAUUAAAAAACACCACAUGUUUUUCGUUUAAUAUUUUAGUCGUUUGAGUUUGUGUAAUUGUUUAUAGCACCUUUAUGACAUCUUUUGAUCGCUGCUAGUAGUUUACAUAUUUUUUGAACCCCUUUUGUGCAUGUUUAUUAGACAAACUGUAAAGUCUUUUCAUUUUAAUAUU